AUGGUAGAUAAAGUAGCCAAUAUUGGUUAUGGGUACAAAGCACCUACUUAUCAUGCUAUGAGGGAUAAUUUACUGAUAGAUGCAAAAAAGUCAGCUUCAUUGUUAGUUGACUCAUUUAGAAGUCAACGGGUUGAUAUUGGUUGCACAAUUAUGAGUGAUGGGUGGAGGGAUAUUUCGCAACGACAUUUGAUUAAUUUCUUGGUUAAUUAUCCGAAAGGGAUAUUGUUUCUUAAAUAUGUUGAUGCAUCUGAUAUAGAGAGCAAUGCUACAAAUUUGUGUCAUUUGUUAGCUGAGAUUAUUGAAAUGGUAAGAGAAAAAAAUGUGGUUCAAAUGGUAACUGAUAAUGCUGCUAAUUACAAGCUUGCUGGUACUAAGUUAUGUGAAAGAUAUCCUUCUAUUACUUGGUCUCCAUGUGCAACGCAUUGUCUUAAUCUUGUAUUAAAGGAUCUUUCAGAAAUGGAUAAUGUGAAAAGUUUGGUCAAUCUUUCAUCGAGGGUUACUGUUUUUGUUUAUAAUCAUAAGUGGCCCUUGAAUUGGUUAAGAAAAAGACCUAGUUGGAAAGAAAUCAUUCGUCCAAGUGCUACUCGGUUUGGUAUUGUGUUCAUUGCAUUGCAAAGUUUGUAUGCCCAUAAAGCAGAUUUACAAGCAACUGUCAUAUCUAAUGAGUUUAAGAAGAUGUUGAAUGUGGGAAAUGCAAUUGAAUAUGAAAAACCUAAAAUUAGUUAUGUUUACGAGGGAAUGCGUCAGGCAAGGAGAGGGAUUAAGGAAUUGUUUAAGAAGAAGAAGGAAUUAUACAGGCCUUAUACUAACAUAAUUGAUAGUCGUUGUGAUAGGAUGUUAAGAAAAAGUAUUUAUUGUGCGGCGUAUUGGUUGAAUCCCGUUUUUCAAUAUGAUCAUGCAAAUCUUUGCAGGUUUCGUGAUGCUGAAGGUACCUUUGGUAGAUCUAGUGUCGUUGCUUCACAUGAGUGGUGGAAGUUAUUUGGCGAAGAUAUUCCGGUUUUGCAAAAGUUUGCUAUUAGAAUAUUAAGUCAAACCACAUCUUCUUCCGGCUGCGAAUGUAAUUGGAGUGUAUUUGAAAGGAUUCACACGAAACGGAGGAAUAGGUUGGAACAUCAAAGGCUAAAUGAUCUUGUUGAUAUGAGGUCUUACGAUCCUAUUGACUAUGAAAAUAUUGAUAAGAUAGGAUUUUGGGUGGUUGAAGAAGAGUGGGAAGGAUAA